AUGGUUGAUAUGCAGAUCCGCCCAAAACCGUUGCCACCCAUACUACCUCCGAGACGGCGCUGCGGCCCAACACAGGCAGCGUGGGUGCAUAAACGCGCAACCGGACAUUCACUAGGGCCGCUGCACUGUAGAGCAUCCACCGGCGGGAGCGAGACUGCCACUCAGCGGAUUUGCACCCAUACAUUCGCUACUGCUCGCAUGUUCUGCUUCACCAACGAGCCUGGUCACGGCAAGCCUGGUCACGGCAAUCAUGGCUUGCACUCUGUCGGGUUUUGCAGCCAGGGAGAAUUGCAGCGAGGUUAUGUCUGGAACAGCCGAUACAUGGUCCAGAUGAGUAGAUUGCCUCUUCCACAAGACUGGCUCGGUCUAGAUUCCUUGCAGCUCCUCAGUCAGGAAUCAUUGCAGUUGCCGAGUCCCGAUACAAUCAAAUGA